ACCUACCGCCGCCCCCGGUUCCUCGCCUCCCACCGCAAGAAAAGCGACCGGAAGGGAAAAGACGAACCGGAGAGGAACAUCAGGUUUUAGCAUCGCGAUUUUCCCAGAAGCGUUUCGCGGAGAAAUUUCGUCAGAUUGUUCCCCGGAUUCCAGCGCAAAGAUGCCGCGCAUUCCCAUGAUCAGAUUCCCCAAGAGGCAUCUCAAAGUCCCAUCCCCAGCAGCGGCGCAGCCUGCAGAUCAGCACGCGACCCUCAUGUCCCGAUUGGGAGCUAAAGUAGAGGCACCAUCUUCUGGAGAGAAAAAGAAUUACCGCUUUAGAUCAGAUGUGCCUUCCGCACCUUCUCAUAAUGCUGUUGGAGGGCCAGCUUCACAGCUUCCCAAGCGCAAACCACUAUCUGAGGAAGAGAUUGAAGCUAUCAUGCAAGGCGGUGUCUUCUGAUAUUGCUUCCAGCCAGUGGCACCUUUUGUGGAGCACCAAUAAGCCCUACGCCGCGCCGCAUUCGUAGCCGUUUUGCACAGAGCCAUGUUGAUAUGGAACUCUUCUGUUUUGGUCCCCAGAACUCACCAACCGCCACACCCCGUUUCCUGAAUAUCCCCUGCAUACAUGUGACUAACCAAAAAUGGUGAACACUGGACAUGUGAUGUAUGGGCGGGUGCCCUGCCUUGCCAAAAUAUGUGAUCAUGGAAUGAUUUCAUGAACCUCCAUAAGUUUUUUUUUUGGUAUUAGUGAGUGUUCUCUCUUUUUUCUCAUGUGUGGUUUGACUCGUUGUACUUUAUCCCGUAGGUUACAUUCUGCUGCUAUUUUGUUUGUCUUUUCC